AGCGAACUGACCUGACCGACAGUCACAAUAUCAUAACGGCUUUUUCGUUCUAUCAACUGCUCGGGAAUAAAGGAUUUUCAUUCGAGUAAACAGCUAUUAGAUAAUGAACGUAUUUGUUCGGUAGAGCUUUAUUACUUUGAUUGUUUGCAAAGACAUUGAACAGUUUGAAAGAGAGAGAGAGAGAGAGAGCGCGCGCAAAUUCCGUGGCAUAGAUUUAUUCAUCCAAAACUGUGUAAUGUGUCAAUAGAGAACAACAUUCUGUGUUGUGUCUGACGGUCUGUUUCGAUGUGAUUCCGUGAGGGACUGCCUGACCUGAACCGGAGCGUUGUUCUGCCAUGCUGCAGCAGAGGCCCCCCAUCUGCCAACCUGCACCAGAGAUGUUGCUGAUUCUGGGGGGAGAGUGAGGAGUACCUCCCCUGCACUCUCCACUUCCACCCUGCCACCCUACUCCACACCGAGACAUGGUUUAGCCCAACCUGUCCAGCAGUCAAGAUGAUGGCCUCUGUGGUUGCCAACGGAAACAGGAAGAAGUCACUGUCCCUGAAAGGGGUGGACCCAGAAACCUGCAUGAUUGUUUUCAGAAACCACUGGGCACAGGUGGUGAAGAUCUUGGAGAAACAUGAUCCUGUCCAUAGCCGGUCCGGUGUCUACCUUCGUCUCGGUCCUGUCCCCGGUGACGAGGCCAGCGCGGUACAGAACUACGUAGAACACAUGCUGUUCCUGUUGAUGGAGGAGGAGCCGGGCCUGGGCGGAGCGAUGGGAGCCAUCCUAGAGUUUGUGGUUGUAGAAGGCGUGAUGGAGAGACUGUUCCUCUGGAGUCUGAGACGACACUUUACUGACGAUAUGAAACUGGAACAACUGAGGAUGUACCAGAUGUUACUGUCUCAGGCCAGACAGCCUCUCCUGCACCACAAACCUGUUCUACGACCCUUAAUGAUGCUGUUAUCUUCCUGUGCUGGAGCUGGGAGUGGAGGAGGAGGAGGGUCAGUGGAAGCAGAGUUGGUGCUCCUGCUCAACCAGCUGUGUGGUGCGCUGGCUAAGGACCCCUCAGUGUUAGAGUUAUUCUUCCACACCAGUGAGGACCAGGGGGCAGCCAACUUCCUGCUCUUCUCCCUGCUGAUCCCCUUCACGCAUCAGGAAGGCAGCGUAGGACAGCAGGCCCGGGACGCUCUGCUGCUCAUCAUGCAGCUGUCGACCUACAACCCCAGAGUCGCUACACACAUCACAGACAACACCUACUUCUGUCCUGUACUGGCUACAGGUCUGAGUGGGUUGUAUUCGUCUCUACCUGCGAAGCUACAGGUGUACAGUGAAGACUGGCACUGUCUGGAGAGAGCUGACUGGGUACAGGUUCCGGCUUUGGUCCAGUUCCUAAACUCUCUGCAGUUCUGCUGCUCUGUCAUUAAGGUUGGACAUCCCUCGAUCAGAGGUCAGUUGUUGGGAUAUAUCUACAAUGGCUUCCUGGUUCCUGUACUGGCUCCAGCUCUGCACAAGUGUACACUAGAAGAGGUGAUGACCACUACAGCGUAUCUGGACCUCUUCCUCCGCUCGGUGUCAGAGCCCGCCCUCCUCCAGACCUUCCUCUCCUUCAUACUGCUACACACACACGACAACGUCCAGCUCCUAGACACACUGGUCUCCAGAGUUAACACACCCUUCCAGGUAACACACCCUUCCAGAGGUAACACACCCUUCCAGGUUAUAGUGAUCCCGUGUACACACCUGUGUGUGAGAGAACGCCGCUCUCUGAAGGACAGAGAUGCCUACUCUUCAUCAGCUGUUAAAUUCCUCUUCCUCACUCCCUCCUGGUGCCCCAGUGGUUUAAUCUUUGAGCCCUGUGUGUUACAAACACACACACACACACUGAAAACACACACUCACACCCAACACAUCCACUGGGCCAUGGGGAAUGACGUUCCCAUGUCAGAGGGUGACAGUGUUGGUUACUCCAGGAUCUGCAGGACAGACCUCCUGAUGAAUGUCAACUAUCUCCAGUACCUCUGGGAUGCUAGAGUUGGGAUCGCUGCAUCGCUCCAGGCCUGUCUGGUCUGGUCUGGUCCCUAUGAUGGGGAGAAGCCUGCAGCUCGAGAGGAGGAAGACGGGGAAGAAGAGAGAGAGCAAGAGUUAGAGGAGGAGAAGAUGAAUCAAACCUUUAACUGGACUUCAUCUCCCAGCCCUCCCGUCACCUCCCCCCCUGUAACCAUGGGAAACCAACAUAGAGGGGGAGACGGAGGGAGGGGGAGUGUGGUCGAGUUGGAGUGGGACGAUAGUUAUGAGUGGGAUGAUAGUGCCCUCCCCUCCUCCUCCUCCCUCCCGCCCACCCCCCCAGUACAUAUUGAAACCCCUCAGCAUAUUCAGGAGAUGAGACGUUCGGCCAUUAUGUUUAUCCAAGGCUCCUACGUAGAGGAGUCAGACUUUCAGGACGAUGUGUUGGUCUAUAACCUCAUAGCACAGAAAGACGAGGUGGAAUACAAACCUGACCGCAGGACUACUCCACAGACCAGGAAACCAGUUGUUAGUCAAACAACCUCGCUCGUUCACAGACAUGGAACGCAUAGACGAGAGAAGGAGGGGGUGAUCGUGGAAGAGGGGAGAGAGGAAGAGGGGGUGAGAGAGGAGAAGCGAUCACAACCACAGCUGCUCAGUAACGGUCUGAGCUGUGAGGACCACACAGUCAAUGAGGAGGUCGACGAUGACCGUAAACGCAAGUCAUCUGGACCGCAUUUGGACCACAACUGCAACAGGACGGUGACCACGACCGUGAAUCAGACAAAUGCCCUGACAACCCCAGACCACCUGGAGAGAACCACCUCAGAGAACCACACACACCCAGUCGAGAAACAGCAGGACUGUAACAAAACCGAUGCUGAUCAUCCUGUAAGCCCGGUUACGACCUCGGCGGUGGAUGACAGCUUCCUGUCCCAGUAUCGGGAGCUCAUGCGCUCGCUGGGGGCGGAGCCUGAUGACGUCACCGAUGACAUCACAGAGUUCAGGAAGCGUGUGUUGGCUCUGGCCCAGGGAGGAGAGGAGGAGGAGGUGGACUUUAGCGUGUUCUCUACAGACUCCCCGGAACCGAAGGAUGCCCAUCUGGAACCGGAGAACAGUCCGGAACUGACGAGCAACAGCCAAGACAGAAAACAUGGGAUACCCUUCACUGGCCCGUUCAUUAGUGUUCUGCUGUCACGGUUGGAGAACCUGUUGGAGAACCCUAUUCCAGUCAACCUGCUAGUUACAGGGAUCCUGUCUCAGCUCGCCAAAUACCCCCAGCCUCUCCUCCGGGCGUUCCUACUGAACACGCACACUGACCCACCGCCCAACGUACACACACUAUACCAGGUGCUGGUCUCAGUGCGUGUGCAGAUAGAGCAGUACGCAACGGACCAGACAGAGUUUCCUGCUACAGUCAGAGAAGCAUGGAGAUACCUACUGGCUAGAGACCAAGCACUGAAACUCAGAGAGCUCCUCCAGGACAGCCAUAGUGAUAACAGGAAGAGUGUUCUACCCAAUGGAACACAGCAGAUAACGCAGAACGUCCCCCCGUGUCCCAACAUUCCUCCGCAGGCCAGGAACAGAGUCUUCGCUACGGUUCUAUAUGCAGAGUUCUUAAAGGAGUUAGCUGCCAUCGCACAGGAACACUCUAUAGUACCUGACUCACCUAUAGAGGAGAUUAACACCCCCGACUCACCUAUAGAGGAAUAGAUUAACACACCUGACUCACCUGUAGAGGACAUUAGCACACCUGAGUCACCUAUAGAGGAAUAGAUUAACACACCUGACUCACCUAUAGAGGAGAUUAACACACCUGACUCACCUAUAGAGGACUAGAUUAACACACCUGACUCACCUAUAGAGGAAUAUAUUAACACACCUGACUCACCUAUAGAGGAUUAGAUUAACACACCUGACUCACUUAUAGAGGAAUAGAUUAACACACCUGACUCAUUUACAGAGGAAUAGAUUAACACAACUGACUCACCUAUAGAGGACUAGAUUAACACACCUGACUCACCUAUAGAGGACAUUAACACACCUGACUCACCUAUAGAGGAGAUUUACACACCUGACUCACCUAUAGAGGAGAUUAACACACCUGACUCACCUAUAGAGGAGAUUAACACACCUGACUCACAUAUAGAGGAAUAGAUUAACACACCUGACUCACCUAUAGAGGAAUAGAUUAACACACCUGACUCACCUAUAGAGGAGAUUAACACACCUGACUCACAUAUAGAGGUAUAGAUCAACACACCUGACUCACCUAUAGAGGAAUAGAUCAACACACCUGACUCACCUAUAGAGGAGAUUAACACACCUGACACACCUAUGGAGGACUAGAUUAACACACCCGACUCACCUAUAGAGGAGAUUAACACACAUGACUCACCUACAGAGGAAUAGACUAACACACCUGACUCACCUAUAGAGGAGAUUAACACACCUGACUCACUUAUAGAGGAGGAGAUUAACACACCUGACUCACCUAUAGACGAGAUUAACACACUUGACUCACCUAUAGAGGAGAGUAACACACCUGACUCACCUAUAGAGGAGAUUAACACACCUGACUCACCUAUAGAGGAGAUUAAUACACCUGACUCACCUAUAGAGGACUAGAUUAACACACCCGACUCACCUAUAGAGGAGAUUAACACACAUGACUCACCUACAGAGGAAUAGACUAACACACCUGACUCACCUAUAGAGGAGAUUAACACACCUGACUCACUUAUAGAGGAGGAGAUUAACACACCUGACUCACCUAUAGAGGAGAUUAACACACCUGACUCACCUAGAGGACGAGAUUAACACACUUGACUCACCUAUAGAGGAGAGUAACACACCUGACUCACCUAUAGAGGAGAUUAACACACCUGACUCACCUAUAGAGGAGGAGAUUAAUACACCUGACUCACCUAUAGAGGACUAAAUUAACACACCUGACUCACCUAUAUUAGAUUAACACAUCUGACUCACCUACAGAGGAAUAUAUUAACACACCUGACUCACCUAUAGAGGAAUAGAUUAACACACCUGACUCACCUGUAGAGGAAUAAAUUAACACACCUGACUCACCUAUAGAGGACUAAAUUAACACACCUGACUCACCUAUAGAGGAGAUUAACACACCUGACUCACAUAUAGAGGUAUAGAUCAACACACCUGACUCACCUAUAGAGGAGAUUAACACACCUGACACACCUAUGGAGGACUAGAUUAACACACCCGACUCACCUAUAGAGGAGAUUAACACACAUGACUCACCUACAGAGGAAUAGACUAACACACCUGACUCACCUAUAGAGGAGAUUAACACACCUGACUCACUUAUAGAGGAGGAGAUUAACACACCUGACUCACCUAUAGACGAGAUUAACACACUUGACUCACCUAUAGAGGAGAGUAACACACCUGACUCACCUAUAGAGGAGAUUAACACACCUGACUCACCUAUAGAGGAGAUUAAUACACCUGACUCACCUAUAGAGGACUAGAUUAACACACCUGACUCACCUAUAGAGGACUAAAUUAACACACCUGACUCACCUAUAUUAGAUUAACACAUCUGACUCACCUACAGAGGAAUAUAUUAACACACCUGACUCACCUAUAGAGGAAUAGAUUAACACACCUGACUCACCUGUAGAGGAAUAAAUUAACACACCUGACUCACCUAUAGAGGACUAAAUUAACACACCUGACUCACCUAUAUUAGAUUAACACAUCUGACUCACCUACAGAGGAAUAUAUUAACACACCUGACUCACCUAUAGAGGAAUAGAUUAACACACCUGACUCACCUGUAGAGGAAUAAAUUAACACACCUGACUCGCCUAUAGAGGAAUAGAUUAACACACCUGACUCGCCUAUAGAGGACUAGAUUAACUCACCUGACUCACCUAUAGAGGAAUAGAUUAACACACCUGACUCACAUAUAGAGGAGAUUAACACACCUGACUCACCUAUAGAGGAGAUUAACACACCUGACUCACCUAUAGAGGAGGAGAUUAACACACCUGACUCACCUAUAGAGGAGAUUAACACACUUGACUCACCUAUAGAGGAGAUUAACACACUUGACUCACCUAUAGAGGAGAUUAACACACCUGACUCACCUAUAGAGGAGAUUAACACACCUGACUCGCCUAUAGAGGAGAUUAACACACCUGACUUGCCUGUAGAGGAAUAGAUUAACACACCUGACUCACCUAUAUAGAUUAACACACCUGACUCACCUAUAGACGAGAUUAACACACUUGACUCACCUAUAGAGGAGAGUAACACACCUGACUCACCUAUAGAGGAGAUUAACACACCUGACUCACCUAUAGAGGAGAUUAACACACCUGACUCACCGAGAGGAGAUUAACACACCUGACUCACCUAUAGAGGACUAGAUUAACACACCUGACUCACCUAUAUAGAUUAACACACCUGACUCACCUGUAGAGGAAUAGAUUAACACACCUGCCUCGCCUAUAGAGGAGAUUAACAUACCUGACUCACCUGUAGAGGAAUAGAUUAACACACCUGACUCACCUAUAUAGAUUAACACACCUGACUCACCUAUAUAGAUUAACACACCUGACUCACCUAUAUAGAUUAACACACCUGACUCACCUAUAUAGAUUAACACACCUGACUCACCUAUAGAGGAGAUUAACACACCUGACUCACCUAUAGAGGAGAUUAACACACCUGACUCACCGAGAGGAGAUUAACACACCUGACUCACCUAUAGAGGACUAGAUUAACACACCUGACUCACCUAUAUAGAUUAACACACCUGACUCACCUGUAGAGGAAUAGAUUAACACACCUGCCUCGCCUAUAGAGGAGAUUAACAUACCUGACUCACCUGUAGAGGAAUAGAUUAACACACCUGACUCACCUAUAUAGAUUAACACACCUGACUCACCUAUAUAGAUUAACACACCUGACUCACCUAUAUAGAUUAACACACCUGACUCACCUAUAUAGAUUAACACACCUGACUCACCUAUAUAGAUUAACACGUGUUUCUGAAACAGAGGGUCACUAAGCCGUGGUGUACGGAGUCACGUGUUUCUGAAACAGAGGGUCACUAAACCAUGGUACAGACAGGGAAAGGUUAGCAUCACAGUGAUGCCACUCACACACACAGCAGGAAUGGACUUGUCUGUGUUGUGGGCACCUGGGUUCACGUUGGGCUAUUCGUCCUUAUCCACAGUUCAUAUCUGGAAAUCAUGUUAAGACAUAUAUUUCCUUAUACAUUGAUAAUUAUUUUCCUAAUACAUUUAUACAUUUCCCUAUACUUGUAUAUAUAUUAAAAUAUAUAUUUGUAUAUAUUCCUGGCAUUACUUGAUGAAAUUUAUUUUGGACAGCGUUGAGCACCUGGUUCCUACGUGUUCGUACCUACAACGAAAUGAUAGGAGAUUAUUUCAUUAUUUUUCUACUUGUUAAAUAUUUUGUCUGGUUUGGGUGUAACUAAGGCAACAGGGUGUAACUAAGGCAACAGAUUGUUGACCCAUGUUGGUGGUUUAUACUGUUAUAACAACAUGUCAAUCCCGUAUUCCUCUUUUCAUUACGACUUGUUUCAUUUCAGUUUAAAUAUUGUCCUGUGCUUUCUGUCCUGUGUGUUGUUCGAGGUAAUGUUUGUAUAGAACACAUUCAAGAUGUGAAGUGUGUCCUAAAUGGAAUCCCUAUUCCCUAUAUAGGGAAUAGGGCUCUAUAGGGCCCUGGUCUAAAGUAGUGCACUAUAUAGGGAAUAGGGAGACCUUUGAGACACAACAAAGAUGUGUUUUUUCUGUGUUGAAGCCUCCAUGUGAGUGAACCUCCGAGACAGUGUCUAUACGCUCAUUUUACACGACUGUAUCUAGGUGUGAAUCAGUCAGUCAUAUAUAUAUAUAUA